AUGGGCAUCUCGUUGAGGUCAAACGCAAAGUCCCGGGGCUCUCCGUUUGGCUCGGCCGCAGCUGCGACCGGCACUGCCAGUGCCAGGGUAGUGGCCGGUGCCGCGGGGGUUGAUUCCAGCACUGCCAGGGCAUUGCUCGGCGCCGCCGUUGCUUCAGCCGGAUCCGCCAGGGCAAUGGCCAGUGCCGCGGGGGCUACGGCCAAAGCCAGCGCGUCCGCGAUCGGUGGAACAGGCGCAGAGAAAUGGGCGGCGCGUUGGCGCGAGCGUGGCGACGGCGUCCGGGCGUCUGCGGAGCAGCGUCGGCGGGGCGGCGUCGGCCUACGCAUUUCAUCGAACACCCUAAGGGUGUGGGCAUGCAGCAGCGUUGGCGCGAGCGUGGCGACGGCGUCCGGGCGUCUGCGGGGCGGCGUCGGCGGGGCGGCGUCUGCGGGGCGGCGUCGGAGGGGCGGCGUCGGCGAGGACGUCGAGAGGCGGCGUCGGUGA